AUGCCCGGGAAAGACUGCGUGAAGGUGGCCGUCCGCCUGCGGCCCUUCAACAAGAGAGAGAGGGAUGCCGGCAGCCGCUGUAUCAUCACCAUGAGCUCCAAUGUCACCACCAUCCAGGACCCACGCAACCAGCAGGCCCGGCGGACUUUCACCUUCGACCAUGCCUACUGGUCCCACAGCGGCUUCAUCAGGAACAAGGACGGCCUUUUCGUCCCCGAGGAGCAGGGCAGCCGCUAUGCAGACCAGAGCCAUGUGUUUCAGGACCUGGGAGAGGGGAUACUAGAGAAUGCCCUGCAGGGCUACAACGCCACCCUGCUGGCAUACGGUCAGACAGGCUCCGGGAAGAGCUACUCCAUGGUCGGGUAUGGACCCAACAAGGGCCUGGUGCCAACCCUCUGCGAGAGGCUCUUCCAGGCUCUGAAAAUCAACCAGGAGGGUAGGCAAUGCCAGAUCUUUUUCAGCAUGUUAGAAAUUUACAACGAACAGGUGAUCGACCUGCUCUCCCGGGGGGCGGGCACGCGGUCCGGGGGCGGGCUGAAGGUUCGGGAGGAUCUGCAGUGGGGGUUUUACGUGGAGGGGCUGAGGAGGGUGCCGUGCGACAGCGCCGCCCUAGUGGCACAGCUGAUGGAGCAGGGAACCCGCACGCGCACCACAGCCGCCACCCACAUGAACGCCAACAGCAGCCGCUCACACAUGCUCAUCAUCGUGCAGCUCAAGCAAAUCUUCUCCAAGGAGAACAUCACCAAGCAGUCCAACAUUAACCUGGUGGACCUGGCAGGCAGCGAGAGGCAGAGGUCGUCGGGGUCGGAGGCCGACCGACUGAAGGAGGGCACCGCCAUCAACCUCAGCCUGACCACGCUGGGCAACGUCAUCAGCUCCCUGGCAGAUGUGACUUUAGGGAAGAGAGUGGUUCACAUCCCCUACAGAGAUUCGGUCCUCACAAAGCUGCUGCAGUCUGCGCUCGGGGGGAACAGCCGAACCGUCAUGAUUGCAACACUAAGCCCAGCAGAUAUCUGUUAUGAGGAAUCCCUCUCCACCCUGCGCUACGCUGACAGGGCCAAGCGGAUCCAGAACCGGGCAGUGGUCAACGAGAGCCCCACGGAGCGGCUCAUCAAGGAGCUGAAGGCGGAGAACGCCAAGCUGCUGACCCGCCUGAGCCGGCUGGGGCAGGAGGGGCGUGGGACGGAGGACGAAUCGAAGGAGCUGAGAAGGAUUCUGACUCACAAUGAGCUGCAGAUCCGGGCCAUCCAGACCAUGUGGGAACAGCACCUGCAGGAGGCGCUCAAGGACUGGGAGCAGCAGUAUGCCACCAUCACCCAGGAGCGAAGGAUGAUGCAGACCCACCCUUACAUCCUGAACAUUAACGAGGACCCCCAGCUCUCAGGGGUGGUGAAACUCUUCAUCCAGGAAGGUGAAUGGGACAUAGGGCUAUCAGACAACUCACCCAGGGCGAUCACAAUCAAAGGACUUGGUAUUCAGGAGAAACAUGCGGUCUUCACCAAUCAGGAGCGUAGAGUGGCCAUCACUCCAGAGGCAGGGGCAAAGGUCAUCGUGAACGGAGUGCCAGUCUCCCACAGGACAGAGCUACAGCACGUGGACCGCCUCAUUCUGGGCUCAAACAGCACGUACCUGUUUGUGGGCUUCCCUUCAGAGCGUAGCGGGGAGGACUGGAGCCGCUACGACUACGACUACUUCCAGUCCGAGCUGGCAGCCGCUGAGGGCUUCCACAUACACUCACUGUGCGAGGAGCACAACCCAGGUAAGAGAGACCAGGCUGACCCCAGCUUGCUGGCCGUGUUCUACGACUACAUCAAGGUGAUGCCAAUGGUGGCGGAGGCUAACCAGAUGAGCCAGGAGCUUCGCAAAGGGGUCCAGUUCAAGCUGGAGAUAAAAAACCUGGCCAUGUCUGACUCUAAAGGUCACGACCUUCAGAAGGAGGUCGCUGUGAGGGUCACGGCGCUGGAAAACAAACAGGUGUGGGUGUGGUCUAAAGCCAAGUUCAUCAACCGCAAGUUCCUGAUGGAGGAGCUGUACCAGCAGCAGGUGGUGGAGGCCGAGGGGGGUGGCCGGUCGCCCCCGCCCCCGCCACGGGACAGGGACCCGUUCUGGGACCCCCUGGAGCCCCUCCACCUGGGCAGCGCCCACCUGUGGCUGCAGUCCCUGGCCUUCCGGAUCCCGCUGGAGGAGCAGGUGGAGGUGCUGGGGCCAGAGGGCACGGAGGAGGCCAUCCUGCAGACUCAGCUGAUCCCCUGCAGCCCAGCAGGAUUGCCCCUGGGAGAGGAGGACAUCCUCAUCGACCCCACAGAGCUGCUGGGCAGGAGGCUGGACUUCCAGCUGGUGCUGGAGCAGUGCUGUGGCCUCCGCUGGCUGAGAGAGGCCAGGGACAGGGGGGUGCAGAUCGGGUUCCGGGUGUACGAUAACCCUCGAACCCUGUACACCCCGGCGGUCUGGCACAGCGUGAACACGGAGCUGAACCACAGAGUCCAGUUCACCGUGACGAGGACCACCCAGGAAUUCCUCAGCUACCUGCAGACCAACGCGCUGGUUCUGGAGCUCUGGGGCCUUCAGGCUGGAUGCGCGGAAAUGACCUCUGACCUGCAGAGUGUAAAGACAACUCCGGAAGGAAGUGUCAUCAUCGAUGAGGCCAACAUAACGGAAACCGGGCCUGCCUCAGAGCUGAGCUCCUCCCUCCAAGCCCUGCAGCAGGAGCUGGAUCAGCUGAGGAAGGCCAACGCCGCCCUGCGUAAAGAGAACAGCGCCCUCAGGGACCAGCUCAACACCCCCGCCACCGCCACCAGAGAGGGUGAGCCCGUCAGGCAAAGCAGCUUGAGGCCCAGCUGCGACGCGGAGUUCGCCAGGGCGCUGAAGGUCUUCUACCACAGCAUGACCUCCGUGCGCGGCCAGCUGCAGAGGCUGCGCAGACACAAGCCCAGCGAGGAGGCAGACCUGUCGAGCCUGAGGCUGUUUGUGGAGGAGCAGGGGCGCCUUCUGCGGGAUUUCGGGGAGCAGCUGGAGCAGAGCGUCACCGCGCUCAAGCAGGACGUGGCCGCCAUCGUGCGGAGGAAGCGGGAGAGGUCCGGGAUCUGGUCCUGA